AUGAUUUUCGUGAUAGCGGUCGCGUGUGUGAUAUUUUAUAUUUAUAAUCGGUUUACGGACGACCCAAAACCGAUAUUUGGGAUAUAUUCAGUGCCUGGGAAGUGGUAUUAUCUAAAAUAUGUCGUCUUUUCUUGUAUAUAUUACUUUAGAAAAUAUGCAAACAAAUACAAAGCAGCUGGUCCGGAAGGUCGAGCUGGACAAGGUGUAAAAGCUAUAGCCAACCCAGAAGAUAUGGAAAAGGUACAACCCUUCAGCGAUCAUCCCAAGGCAUUCGAUGCGGUUUUCUUCAUAUCAGCUACUGAGGGAGGAGACAAAAAAGGAAUCUACGUAGCAGUUGGCAGUGAAAGACGGCCCAUGGGCGUUUGUAACGGACUUUUGUACAUUGGGUUACCAGAUAAAGGCCUGCUUUGUAGUAAGAAAAUUCCUGACACAGUCCUCUUUGGGGCUGAAGAUGAUACAUUUGGUGCUGAGGGGAUCAGAAUAACGAUGGUUGAGCCGAUGAAGAAAUGGAAUAUUGCGUAUAAGGGACAGAUGUGGUUUCAAAACGACCCGAACAAGACUGUAGAAGUCGAACUAACCGGAGAAUGGACUGCUACCUACAAAUACUUCGACUACGACACAGAUUUGUAUCCGCCCGCUGUCAUCAAAUCCAUUGCAAGGGAAAACUGGAGUCGCGAGUAUUUUGAGCGACUUAAAGAGGCCCACCAAUCGCACUACGAACAAUUCGGGACAAUGAAAUGCAACUUUACAAUUGGCGAUGAAAAGUACCAUGUGACGAUGCCGUCUUUUCGAGAUCAUAGCUUCGGAAAGACUCGCGAUUGGUCCUUGAUGCACAGAUACGCUUUUAACCACAUUUUUGUCGAGAACGGUCUGAACUUGAGCCUCGGAGUUGUUUGCCAACCUGCAACAGCAACUAGUUUUGAACUGGGCAUGGUAGGUCUGCCGAAUGGGGAAGUACAUCCCAUAGAAUGGGUGGACUUCCAGUUGUGGCAACACGGAGAAGGAGGCACUACGCCAAAGGAUUACGCGUUCAGGUGUAAAGCGGGAGACACGGAGUACACGAUCCAGGUUAUAGUUGAAUACGAGUCAGUACAUUACGUGUCUCAAGACUGGGAAGCGAAGAUGAAAGAGAGAUUCUGCAAAUAUAUUGUUAAUGGCGUUCCUGGCAGAGGGCUCUCCGAAUUUCACUACCGCCAUCGCGGUGGAAGACCUCUCAAUGUGACCGAUCCUGAGUGGUUCAAGAAUAUGAAAUCAAAAUAG